AUGCUCGGCGCUGGUGGCGGAGGUGGUGGCAAUGCUCCGCAACCACAACAAUAUAUGCCUGGCAUAUUGGGUGGCCAUAUUCCUGGACUACCAGGUCCAUUUAUGGGUGGUCCACCGUUUCCUCAUCAUGCACAGCAACAACCUCCUUUACAGGACAUGUUUUCUGCCGCUCAAACAACAGCGUCCAUGCUAUCUGCCUCAGGUGUACUGUCAUAUUCUGAUGCACCAUCACGUCAAGGUGGAAGCUUGGCCCCUGGUGCACCUAUAGGUGUACCUCCGGGGCAAACAGAUACAUCUCAAGGCGCUGGAGGACAACAACAGGCUGCGUUACCAGGUGGAAGUGGACUGCCAGCGCUUUCCGGUGGCGUACAGUUCCAAUGCCCACGUCGACCAAACCACGGACUUGAAGGACGUUCCAUUUUACUGCGAGCAAAUCAUUUUGCAGUACGUAUGCCAGGUGGUACCAUUCAGCACUAUCAUGUAGACGUGUCACCAGACAAAUGUCCACGGAGAGUGAAUCGAGAAAUCAUUUGCUGUAUGAUCCGCUCCUUUGGCAAGUACUUCAGUUCGAGUAGACCGGUCUAUGAUGGGAAGAGAAAUAUGUAUACACGGGAACCAUUGCCGAUUGGCAGAGAAAAGAUGGAAUUCGAGGUUACUCUCCCUGGUGAUUCGGCGGUGGAGCGUCAGUUUACUGUGACAGUGAAGUGGGCAGGCCAAGUUUCGUUGUCAACAUUAGAAGAUGCAAUGGAGGGGCGCGUACGUCAAGUGCCGUUCGAAGCUGUUCAGGCCAUGGAUGUCAUUCUGAGACAUCUCCCUAGUCUUAAGUACACACCUGUGGGUAGAUCAUUCUUCUCACCACCAGCACAUCCUCAUCAACCACCUCAGCAACAUGGGCAAUAUCACAUGGAAAGUAAAUUGGGUGGUGGUCGUGAAGUGUGGUUCGGAUUCCAUCAAUCUGUUCGACCAUCGCAAUGGAAGAUGAUGCUUAACAUCGAUGUGUCCGCCACGGCUUUCUAUCGAUCCAUGCCCGUCAUAGAGUUUGUCGCAGAAGUUUUGGAGCUUCCCGUACAGGCUCUCACUGAAAGGCGUGCCCUGUCCGAUGCACAGCGCGUGAAAUUCACUAAAGAGAUACGCGGUCUGAAAAUAGAAAUUACUCAUUGUGGGCAAAUGCGCCGAAAGUAUCGAGUAUGCAAUGUGACAAGAAGGCCUGCACAAACUCAAACCUUUCCUCUACAACUGGAGACUGGGCAGACGAUAGAAUGCACAGUGGCGAAGUAUUUUUACGAUAAAUAUCGCAUUCAACUGAAAUAUCCACAUCUCCCAUGUCUUCAGGUUGGACAAGAGCAAAAGCAUACUUAUUUGCCACCAGAAGUAUGCCAUGUAGUGCCAGGACAGCGAUGCAUUAAAAAAUUAACUGAUACGCAGACAUCAACGAUGAUUAAGGCAACGGCUCGUUCUGCUCCCGAAAGAGAACGUGAAAUUGCAAGCCUCGUCAGAAAAGCGGAAUUUUCCGCGGAUCCUUUUGCUCAUGAGUUUGGUAUCGCCAUCAACUCUGCCAUGACCGAAGUGAAAGGACGCGUUCUGUCGGCACCAAAGUUGCAGUACGGAGGAAGAAAUAAAGCGACAGCUUUGCCGAAUCAGGGAGUAUGGGAUAUGCGUGGCAAGCAAUUCCACACUGGAAUUGAUGUGAAGACGUAUUUUCAAAUGACGCCUGGUAACGCUAUAGUUUUGAUUCAGCCAUGCUUCCUGCCAGGAGUCUAG